CUCUGCAGUUUUCUCUUCUGGCUUUUUGACUUUGAGUCAGGAGCUCCAGGAGCCUCAGCAGAGAUGUCUGAUGACCGAGAAGGUGAUAAUCUCUGUCAUGAUGCUGCCAUUUUUGUCUUAUGAGGGAUGAUGGAUUCCAAUGCUUUCCACAGCAAACAUUCAUACACAAUAAGUAUAUGAUGAAUGACUCAAAGUAAAUACAAAAUAUAAGAUCAUGCUAGGCGGUGGUGGCGCACGCCUUUAAUCUCAGCACUUGGGAGGCAGAGGCCAGCAGAUCUCGGGGAGUUCGAGGCCAGCCUGGUCUACAAGAGCUAGUUCCAGGACAGGCUCCAAGAAACCCUGUCUCGCACAGCGUCUCGGGGCCCAGUGGCGGCGGCCUUGGGGAGGGGCGCGGUCGGUCCACGGUGGCCUUCCACGGCCUUGGCAGCGGGGUUAGGUCGCCGCUCUCGGGGUCUGGAGCGGGCCACCGGCGCGGGCUAACGGAACCGCGAGUCCCGCACUAAAUUGGAGCCGACUCGGCCCUGGAGGCAUCGGCGGGAAAUGGCGGACGAGGCGUUGUUUUUGCUUCUACAUAAUGAGAUGGUGUCCGGAGUGUACAAGUCCGCCGAGCAGGGGGAAGUGGAAAAUGGACGAUGUAUUACUAAGCUGGAAAACAUGGGGUUUCGAGUGGGACAAGGAUUGAUAGAAAGGUUUACGAAAGAUACUGCAAGGUUCAAGGAUGAAUUAGACAUCAUGAAGUUCAUAUGUAAAGAUUUUUGGACUACAGUAUUCAAGAAACAAAUUGAUAAUCUAAGGACAAAUCAUCAGGGCAUAUAUGUGCUUCAGGACAACAAAUUUCGACUGCUUACUCAGCUCUCUGCGGGAAAACAGUAUUUAGAACAUGCAUCAAAGUAUCUAGCAUUUACAUGUGGCUUAAUCAGAGGUGGCUUGUCAAACUUGGGAAUAAAAAGUAUUGUAACAGCUGAAGUAUCUUCAAUACCUGCCUGUAAAUUCCAGGUGAUGAUACAGAAGCUGUAGAGUGCAGUGAAACACGAGAGAGGCUGCUCUUGUGCAAAGUAUUGCAAGUGCUGAUCUCUGCUCACUGUUGGCGGUCUGUGCUGGAGCAGAGGGCUUACCUCACCAGAUUCGCAUAGACCAAAUCGAAGGCUAUCAAUAAGGUCCUUUCACCAUGACGUAAACUAGCUGAACUGUUUGACUAAUGUCAGUGAACUCGACACCAAGAUGUACAACUCUUUAUUUUAAACAUCUUUAUUUCCUAGUGUGAUAUGUAUUUAACCAUAGAUUGAGAAGUGAAACUCAGGGUGUGUUGAAUUGCUGUAUAGAAAAAUAUGCACCGGGGGCUGGAGAGAUGGCUCAGGGGUUAAGAACAUGGACUGUUCUUCCGGAGGUCCUGAGUUCAAUUCCCAGCAACCACAUGGUGGCUCACAACCAUCUGUAAUGAGAUCUGGUGCCCUCUUCUGGGGUGCAGGUAUGCACACAGGCAGAACACUGUAUACAUAAUAAAUAAAUAAAUCUUUAAAAAAAAAAGAAAGAAAAAUAUGCACCAAUCAGAAGUUUCUAUUCAAAUAACCAAAAUUUGUUAAAGUAUAAAUGUGUUUUAGUUAUUUAAAAAAAGAAACCACUAUGCUAAAUUAAGCUUAAUUUUUAUUGUAUUGUUUAUAAUUUAUUUCUGUCGAGAAUUUGUAUGCUUAUAUAAGGAUUUCAUUUAUACGUUGUAUGUUUAUAUGUAUAUAUAAAUACAUAUG